AUGGAUCUUGUUCUAAGAAUUUGUUGUUUGCUUUGCUUCUUUGAUGAACAAAAAACGACAAACAGCAUAAAGGUUAAAAUUAAUUUCUAUGAAAAGAAAAAAAAUGAGUAUCUCAGGCUGCCUCUGCCUGAGUCGUUUGAUUAUGAUGAUGAAAUAUUUGGAUUUGGUUAUGACCCUUCCAGUCACAUUCAUAAGGCGGUAAGAGUUCCGUCCAUUCACCGCCCUGAACGGCGGCCUUCUCGGGUAACUCUUCAAGUCUUGAAUUUAAAUAAUAGCGGCUCAAGUGUUCAUAACCAUUUCCCAUCGAUGCGAAUUUACAAAUCUUCAUGGCUUAGAAGGUUGGAGACUGCAGUUUUUCUCAACCGUAGUCUAUAUUGGGUAGCUUUCGAUCCAGGGGACAAGACGUUUUUAGUACGUUUCGACAUAUCGGAGGAGAGAUUUUGGAAAGUUGCGCCGCCUUUCGGGCUGUUUUCUGAUUUAAACUUUUAUUUAUGUAUUUUAGGAGGAAUGCUUUGUGUCAUUGAUAGGCUGUGCACGGAAACACAUUCGCUUGAUAUCUGGGUUAUGAAAGAAGAAGACAAAUGGAGUAGAGUGUAUACAAUUCCAUUUUUCAUCAGGAUUGAAUCCAUGAAUGACUAUUUUACGCCGAUUUACUAUUAUUCUUACCGACGACUGCCUUAUAAUUAUUUCCGACCAUGUUUCUUCUUUAACAAUGCCGAUGAAGUUGUGAUCCAUUGCAGUUUGAUUAAAGGUAAAUCCGCUGGUGAAGAUUAUUCUCGCGGCCAUGAGAAGUUGUUUUUUGUGUACAAUUUCCCAAGGAAUUGUUACCGAAGGAUUAACAUUAUUGGCGAUUCACAUUGGACUCAAGCAAUUGCCUAUACCCAGACUCUAAUUUCGCUGUAUGAGUUUCCAUCAUCUUCAGGUCCAAUAGUUUGUGAAGAUGAUCUUAUUACAGGAAUAAAGGAAUGA